GAUGCAUGUAUCAGGUGAUACAGCUCGGCAGUAACUUCUUGUAGCAGAACAAAGCUGAAGCGUUUUCCAGAAGAGAGGAAAAGGAAAAGAAGGAAGAAGAUGAGGAUGCUGGGAGGUGCUGCGUUGGGUGCUCUUGAUUUGGUUGUUUCAAAGAUUAUGAUUUUCAAUUUCCUAUUUGAUAAAUUGAUCCCUUCUUCUAUCAAAGGCUAUAUUGAAAGGUAUGGUCAAAAAAUUGUGAAUUCUCUGAAUCCUUACAUUAAAAUUAGCUUUGAUGAAUUCAGUGGGGAUCGCCUGAGACGCAACGAAGCCUUCUCACCAAUUCAACACUAUCUGAGAGAAAAGUCCUCUGGCUCUGCUAAGAGACUCAAGGCUCAUGUUAUCAAAGGUUGGCAUUCACCCAUCAUUAGCAUGGAUUACAAUGAGGAGGUCACAGAUGAGUUUCAAGGGGUCAAAGUCUGGUGGACUGCAGUAAAACAUGCUCCCCACCAAAAUACUUUGCUUUUAUCUAAUUCUAUGGAGCAGAGGUCUUACAGGCUCUGCUUCCACAAGCGUUGCAGGGAACUCAUCAUCGAGUCUUAUAUCAAACAUGUGGUAGAAGAAGGAAAAGCAAUAGCAGAAAGGAACCGGAAGAAGCGGCUGUACUCUAAUAAUCCUAGUGAGGCUGGGGGCCGGUUCAGCUCGAACAAAUGGAGCAAUGUUGCUUUUGAGCAUCCUGCAACAUUUGAUACUUUGGCCAUGGAACCAGAAAAGAAAGAAAAAAUCAAGAAUGAACUUGUUAAGUUUAGAAAGGGAAAAGAGUACUAUGCUAAGAUAGGGAAGGCUUGGAAGCGUGGAUAUCUCCUCUAUGGUCCCCCAGGGACUGGAAAAUCUACCAUGAUUGCUGCCAUGGCAAACCUUUUGGACUAUGAUGUGUACGAUCUUGAGCUUACAGCAGUUAAGGAUAACACGGAGCUGAAGAGGCUUUUGAUUGACACAUCAAAUAAGUCGAUCAUGGUGAUUGAGGAUAUUGAUUGUUCUCUUGAUCUUACAGGCCAAAGAGAGAAGAAGAAGAAGCUGAAGAAGGAGGAGGAAGAAGAGGAUAAUGAAAAUAAAGAGGAAGGGACUAACACGGUCACUGAGAAGGCAAAAGAAAAGAAGAACAAGGAGAGUAAGGUAACUUUAUCUGGACUUCUAAAUUUCAUUGAUGGACUUUGGUCAGCUUGUGGGGAAGAAAGGAUCAUUGUGUUUACGACUAAUCAUAUCAACAAGCUUGAUCCGGCUUUAAUACGAAGAGGAAGAAUGGACAAGCACAUAGAAAUGUCCUAUUGUUGCUUUGAAUCAUUCAAGGUUCUAGCUAAGAAUUAUUUGGAUAUUGAGUCUCAUUCAUUGUUUGGAGAUAUCAGCAGAUUGUUGGAGGAAACAAACAUGACUCCUGCUGAUGUAGCAGAGAAUUUGAUGCCAAAGUUAGAGAAGGAUGAUCCAGAUACUUGUUUGAAGAAUUUGAUUGAAGCUCUUUCAAAGGAAGAAGCACACUUAAAGGCUGAGAAGGAAAAAGCACGCCUGAAAGCAGAGAAAGAAGAGAAAGAAAAGGAAGAAGCACUCCUGAAGGCACAGAAAGAAGAGAAAGAGAAGGAAGAAGCACUCCUGAAGGCAGAGAAAGAAGAGAAAGAGAAGGAAGAAGCACUACAGAAGGCAAAGAAAGAAGAACAAGAGAAGGAAGGAGCAUGCCAGAAGGUGGAAAAAGAACGGAAAGUGAAGAGCAAUCUGCUUAAGAGACUGUUGAAGAAGAUGAACCAGCAAUCAAAGAAGUAAGCAACACUAUGGAAACUAGGACUAUGGUACAUAUCAUAGUUAUGUUGUAUGCAUUCUUAUUGAUUCCCCAAUUGUCUUGAUUAUCUAAAUAAGUUUUCUCGUGUUAAUCAUCAACUUUGUCCUUGUAACGUAAGCAAGAAACACCAUGGAUAUAUAUAUGUAUCAUAGGUAAUGUUGUACAAUUCUAAUUGAUUCCCAAUUCUCCAGAUGGUUAUGUAAAUAACUUUGCUCAUAUUAGUCAUCAACUUGCUGCCUUGUAGCAUGUUUCAAUAGUUUAGGUUCAAUUCAACGCUGCUGAUGGCUUUUCAGUAUAUACUACAAUUCCAGGUUUAGAGAUCACUUCAAGGAGGUAUCGUGAUAUAUCGGAAAAGCCUAAAUUUGUUUUUAGAAUUUCAGUGGCCAAAUCUUCUAAACCUCACCUUGGAGUUGCCAAAAUAACCGAUGACAUUUUGUGAGCAUGGUUUGUUAAUACUGCACCAGAGGCUGAGUAGUUGGUUGAGAUGGCCUAAUUAAAGAUACCCUGUUGUGUAUGUUAGAGUUGUGGUGUUCAAGCUGCCAAAGUAGCAGCAAAUGGAAAGACGUGAGAGCUGCAGUAUGAUGAUUACAGAGUAGCAGCAAAGUGACAGCACAAUGGAGCUUCACAUACGCUACAAGAAAUGGCAGUAAAUCUUUGAAUGUAAUCUUUUGUUUUAAAUGCUUAAUAUUUUCUUGUAUUGGGUAAAAUGUUAGGUGAGAAAAAAAUUGUUUUUUAUUGUAUUGUUUCUGCUAUAAAUGUAGUAAAAUAUCAAUGAUAUCUUUGAGUUGGAGUGAUAUACUCCUCUCCAUUUUAUGUGCUCUGCUCUUCAUCUUCUUCCUCUCGGUUCUCUCCAUUUUUUUUUCUUUCUUUGUUUUAAAAAACCCAACAGUGUAUG